AUGGCCCACAGCCACGGACACCCCGAGAUGGUGCAACACUUCCAGGACCCGCAUACACCAUCCUCACUCUACGGGCAGCAGUACCUCGAAGCAGUCUAUCACUUCAACAACGGUGAAACUGAGCGCUGCGUGAGCGUGGCGAAACUCAACCUCACUGAUCCCACGCUACCAAGGUUCUAUCAGAUGAAGAACAUGAUUCUCCUCGCGACGGCGGAAGAGGACUGGUAUGAAGCGGUGAAGUGGCGCAAGAAGACUGAGACUCUCUGGAAAGCUACAAAAGCCAUGACGCCCUCCAACGAGCAAGAAGCUCAAGCAGCGCUCGGCCAACUACGCGACAGCAUCCGGUACUGGAGGGAGCGCCAUGAAGAGCGGGCUCCUGCGACCAUCGACGAAGCGAGGCUGGCUGUAGACGACGAGACUGAGAAGGAAGACUCAGAGGCCGUCGAGCUGCAGAAGAAAGCUGAUGAGGAGGCAGCGACCUUGACAGCACUUUGGGGCGAAGACUUCGUCACCAGGGCCACCCAAGGGGAGAAGAUGAAGUGGAAGAAGAUUGCGCCGAAGCCGUAUCCGUGGAGGUAG